AUGGAGAUGGGCUUUUCUUGUAUUAUGUUGCUUUUGUUUAUUUUUGCUUGGCAAUGGCUCAAACUCAAAGUUUAUGCUUUUGCAGUGGAUUCUGUAUUUGAUACAGAGGCUCAAAAUGGGCUCUUAGAUAAUUCAGCAGAUGUUGAGCUUAGAUUAAAUCAUGAUGGUGCAAUUCUAGCAACUUGUGUUGUCGAGGAGGCUUCUAGUCUUGAGCAAAUUGAGCAAGUGGGUCAAAAUUCUUCAAGAGUGGAACAAAAUGCAGUUGAAGGAGACGAACCAUAUCUGGGCCAGGAAUUCGACUCAGAAGCAGCUGCACAUGCAUUUUAUAAUGCAUAUGCACUGAGAAUAGGUUUCAGAACACGUGUGAACGAUCUAUCUCGUUCUAGGGUCGAUGGCUCCAUCAUUGCUCGAACGCUAGUAUGUAACAAAGAGGGUUACCGAGUGGCUGAUAAGCGUGAGAGAAUGAGUGUGAGACCUCGACCCCCCACUAGGGUUGGUUGCAAGGCAAUGAUUUCAGUUAAGAAACUGAGUAUUGGAAAGUGGGUAGUUGCAAAGUUUGUCAAGGAGCAUACCCAUACACUGUCUCCAGGGAAGGGUAAAAAAGGAUCGAAUGAUCAAUCUACUACGGAUGAACAGAUGAAAAUCAAAGAACUAACUCAACAACUGCUGGUUGAGAGAAAGCGGUCUGCUUCAUAUAGAAAAAUCAUAGACCUCCUAUUCAAUCACAUUGAAGAGCACACUCAAAACCUGUCGCAAAAGAUCCAGCGCAUAACUGAUAAUCUCCAAGAAAUUGUAUCAUCCGAGGGAAAGGGAAAAGACCGUCGAAAUGUCUCCUAG